AUGAAGGUGUCUCCAAGCAGACAACAGGACCUGCUCCUCCUGUCAUCCAUCCUUCGACUAUCCCAACCACUAUGCGCCAGCUGUGGCCGUCCUCCUCUCCAUCGCUCACCACAGACCACAUCUCCCUCGAGCCUCCCCGCGCGCCGUUCCUUCUCGAUCCUCAACCGCCCUCCACCGAACUACCCCGGCCAUGUCCCGCUCACACGUGUGGAACGUCUAGGCCUAGCAGUGGGCAGUGCCAUCACCUCACUCUUAAACCCGUACCGCCAUGACAUGAUCGCUGCACUGGGCGAGGCAACAGCACAGCCAUUCUUCAUCACAUGGCUGCGGAACCGAAUGCUGUCGGACCCAACGGGCCGACGGAUCCUACGGGACCGACCGCGGAUCACGUCGACGACCAUGUCGCUGGAGAAACUACGCAAACUGCCGGAGAACAGUGUGGGCAGAACAUAUGCGGCCUGGUUGGACCGGGAAGGCGUCACGCCCGACACGAGGGAUCCGGUGCGGUACAUCGACGACGAGGAGGAGGCCUACGUGAUGCAACGGUAUCGUGAGUGCCACGACUUCUACCAUGCCGUGACAGGUCUGCCGGUCUGGGUGGAAGGCGAGGUCGGGCUGAAGGCGUUUGAAUUCGCAAAUACGGGCCUGCCUAUGACCGGGCUCAGUCUGGCUGCGAUUCUCCGACUCAAGCCGCAGGAGCGGCAGAGGAUGUUUGAGAUUUUCUUGCCGUGGGCUUUUGCCAACGGUUGGCGGAGUAAAGACUUGAUCAAUGUAUAUUGGGAAGAAGAGCUGGAGACGGACGUCGCAGACCUGCGCAGUCGUCUGGGGAUCGAACAGCCUCCGGAUCUGCGGGCUAUUAGGCGGAAAUUGAGAGAUGAACGCAGAGCUGCAAAGGCUGCACAGGAGGCGGCUUGGAUGAAGAACACUAGUACCACUGCUGCUGCUACUCUUUCUCCCACUGCCUCUCAGCAAGCCACUGUGUGA